AUAUCAGCGGCGGCGACGCGCGCGCGCUCCACUCCUGCGCUGCCUUACAGAGAGUUCCCGAGAUUCCCUUAUCUGACGAUGCAGUGGUACGUGCUGUGCGUUCUGGCUGUGGUGGCGGCGGCGACGGCGGCGCCGCAGCGCGAGGGCGGAGCCUUUACCAACGAGGCCAUCAAGCAGGCGCAGAACACCCUGCUCAUACCCAAGGACGCCCAGAUACAGAAGGUGCAAGAGGGCAUCGAGCUGGCGGCGUACGAGUCAAUCCCCGGCAACCAGAGGAUCAACCUGUUCGAGAUCCUCGGCGACCAGGUGCCGUCGGAGGUGAUCAACAACCUGCAGAGCCAGAUUGACCAGGUCGGCCGCCAGUAACCGCCAGCUGUACCGCCAUCCUGCCACCCGCCGCGCGAGGGCCACACUCUCCUCCACGACGAUGUUAAACGUGAUUAGAUUUUAAGUCCAACUAGAUGGCAAUACUAGGUACAAAUAUAGUAACGAGGCUGCAGCGGCGGGCGGCGAGGACGGCUGCAGCUGGUGUGUGGAGUAUCAGCCCCGGCGCGCGGGGCGGCGGCCCGGGCCCGCCCCAGGGCGCCGCCUGCCGCGGGUGCUCCUCUCACGGCGCCGCUGCCGUUGACUAAUAUGUAUUUAAUUUAUUGGUGACGCAAGUACAAGACAGUGAAUGUGAUAUUGUGUAACAUCUCUUUUUAUAUUUUUGUACAUAAAUUUUAAUAUAAUAAAGUGGU